UUCAUGAUGUAACAAUCAGUGCUGUAGAAUAUGUGCCAACGUCUUUCAAUGUCACUGCGAAUCUCUGCGGGUAGCUGCCAACAUCAGAAGUAUUUACAGCUUUGCUGUUGUAAAAGUUCAUUACAUUUUCCUUUUAGCACCCAAGUCAAAAAUGACUCAUGCUCUUUCCAAGUCAGUGUUAAUAAUUCUCAGGAGCUUGGAAGGGUAUAGUGAUGAAACAGGAGACUUGCUGCAGAGAGUGAAGUGCUGAAGGAGCGGAAGCUGUGAUCUGUGCCAGCGCCUUGCCCUUGUGGAAGGGUAUAGUGAUGAAACAGGAGACUUGCUGCAGAGAGUGAAGUGCUGAAGGAGCGGAAGCUGUGAUCUGUGCCAGCGCCUUGCCCUUGUAGAAAGAUCACCUGCAACUGUUUCACCAUCAGCGAUGGAGAGAUGCAGGAAGUUGGCGUUGGACUCUAUCCCAGCAUGUCUCUGCUGAACCAUGACUGUGACCCAAACUGUGUGAUCGUGUUUGAAGGCAGACAUCUCCUUCUCCACGCAGUGAAGGAGAUCCAGCCCGAGGAAGAGCUCACUGUCAGCUAUAUUGAUGUAUUGGUGCCUGCCCUGGAGCGACAGACACAGCUGAAGAAGCAGUACUGCUUUCUUUGUGAAUGUCAGUGCUGCAAGAGCCGAGACAAGGAUGCAGACAUGCUGGCAGGUGAGGAGCGAGCUUGGAACAGAGUCAGAGAGUGCAUCGCUAAAGCAGAGGAGCACCAAUCCCAGGAACAGUGGGACCAGGUCCUGGCUAUGUGCCAGACUCUCAUAGGUAACAAUCAAGAUGUUCUCCCAGACAGAAACAUCUAUCUGCUCAGGAUGCUUGACUGCGCCAUGGAUGCCUGCAUUCAUCUUACCCGCUGGGAGGAGGCUAUAGGCUAUGGCACCAGAACGUUACAGCCAUACGGACUGUACUACACAGGAUUCCACCCAGUGAAAGCCGUGCAGCUCAUGAGAGUUGGUAAACUGCAGAGCCAUCAGGAGAUGUUCAGGGAAGCUCUGGAAACACUCAAACAGGCUUUUGAAAUCAUGAAGGUGACCCAUGGGGGAGAGCAUAGCCUGACGCUUGACUUGAAACAGAUGCUGGGAGAAUGCCAAGCUGAAAUUAACCAAACAUGAAAGAAGACAUACAGCUUCUUAAAGAGUAAGUAGCGAGGUUCCAAAAAAAUAUAGCGAUACGUGUCCCCACAUGUUGCUACAACGGUUUAAAUGACAUACCUGUAAUUUCUGUCUUUAUUGUUAACAUCCCGACAACUUUUUACACUUAGAACUUUAAGUCUGUUUCAAAGAUCUUUUCAAUACGGCCGCUCAAGUGCAUUGAUAGUGUAAAGGUUAUUGCCCACAUAGUCAAACAGGUAACACAGCAAUAACGAUCCAUGAUGUGAUACUGAAUAGAAAACCCAGAGGACUUUUUUUAAGGCUCUUCCUGCAAUGAUUUAGAGGACAUAUGUCAAACCCCAGUGCACUAGAGCAGCCAUUUUGAAAA